AUGGCGACCUCUCAGCGCGAUCAAGCCAGGAUAGAGCGUGCCACUCGGGAUCGUGUCUCAGCGGCUCGGGACACUAUCGCCCGGCUGGAGAAGCGGAUUAACCAGGUCGAGAAGUCUCAGAAGUCGCUUAAAUACCUCGAGGCCGCGCUCGCAGCACUUCAGCAGGAGAGAGACAGUCUGGCAGUCCAAGGAGAUGAGUUGUUCGGCCAGCUUGGCGAGCGUUUUAUGGAGGUCACUGAUCUACGGGCUGAACGGGACCAGGCGCAGUAG